GUAUCCUAAAAUGUCAAGUCCAUAUCCAAAUGGGCUCGUGUGGGGGUAUAGUCCUCAUUAAAUAAUAAAUACCUUCAAAAGAUUUGCUUGACAAAUUUUGACAUUUACCCAACCUGUCCGUACAAAUCAUUUAACGCUUGUCUCACUCACGAGUCAUGACUCGCCCUCUCCCUAAAGAAGCUUCAGGGUCGUCCCCUUCCUCUCGUUUCAAAAUUUAAACUUUACAGUUUGAUUCUUGCGGAAUACAAUGUGGCAAGUUGCUUUGGGAGCAGCAUUUACAGCAGGAUCUGGGUUUCUAGCCAAAACACUCAUCCACUCACAUUCCCCAGAACCCGACCAACCCCAUGACCAAAAUAGCCUCAUUUCACCUUGUUCUGCGGCCCAAGAUUCAAUUUUUCCUGUUGAAGUUGGGGCAAAGAGGGAAUCUUUAGGUGCAGAAUCAAUCUUUAGGUUUUCAAGUUCAGAAAGUGGGGCGAACGAGUUGGGGAAGAAAACUGAGUGUGGGUCUGGAAGGAAUACUGGGAAACUGGAGGGGUUUAAGAGAAAUGGUGAUGGGAGAAGAGUGGUCAAGAAGUGUGGGUUCAACAAGGGUUUGGAGAAGAAGUUCUAUGUCUGCUUGAAGAAGAGAAGAAUUAGCAGAAGUGCCCCUGGAAAAUGCGAUAAUUGCUCUUCCAAAGGAAACUCAAUAUUUGGAUGGGGUGUUGGCAUUGGAAUGAUGUGCAUGAUGUCAGCCCAGAGAGGCGAAAUCAAUGAGCUAAACAUUGCAAUGGCUGAAACCUCAAGGGCUGUUGAGGAAUUGAAGGAUCAAAUUUCUCAAAGAAGAACUUCUAAACCCGGGCUUGGAACGAUAAUCUCAGAGGAUGAAACCUCAAAGCUGGUUAAGUCAUGCGCUGAGAACCACGGCGGUGACAAAAGAAUCUUUGCCUUUCCUGUAAGUGAGGAAGGUGAAUAUGCAAGUAGUGUUCUUACAGAUGAAAUGCAUCCGGAUGCAAUGGAAAUGAAUCUGCUCCAAGCUGAGCUUCAAUCUGAACUUCAGAAACUCCAUGGGUGUGUCUCAGAUGGUUCUUGCUUUGGAGGAGCUUUGGGUGAAGGGUUUCAUUAUCAGCAAGAGGGUAUGAGUGAUUUGAACGCGCACCAACCCAACGGAGUGAUUCCCUCUGAGCUGCACCAAAAGUUGAGCCAAGUACUGAUUGAGCAACAGGAAAGCCAGAUAGUGGAAUUAGAGUCCGAGCUGCGAAACUCCCACCACAAACUCCAUCAGAAAGAAUCCGAGCUCCAAGCACUCAAGGACUGCGUUCGUCGUCUCACUGAUUUCUCAUUAGCCACUGAUUCAGAUGAAGAGACUGAGGGCAAUGAAGAAUGUUCGAGGUUCGUUGUUGAUGAUGAAGAGAAGAAGCAGACUGUGAGUUCUGAGUUUAGGAAAUCAACAAUGGUUGGGAAUAAAAGAGCAUCAAUGGAGUUUUGAGUAAACAUUAGGUUCAAAGUUAGUUGACUCUUCUUGUUUUUGGUUUGAGAGACUCAUCCCUUAUGCAGUAUGUAAUAGGUUGACAAAUAGAGACAAUCAUACAUU